AGUACAGAAGUUUGAGAACGUAUAUGUUUUUUCCCCCAUCAGAAGUCUGACAGACAUACAGACAACAGAGUCAUCACGAACUGUGCUCGAUUAAGAGGUUCUCGGUUAAAACAUCUUUUAAUUUUAAUGUACCGCGGCUGACAGUAGACAAAGGGCUGAUUUGGAAUGGAUCUGCCAGAAGAGAUCCUUGCACAUAUUUUUUCCUUCUUGCCUUUACAGGACAAAUGCAAUGCAUUUACUGUUAGUAAGGCUUGGUCUAAUAUCAUGACACAUCCAAGCUCAUGGAAAGAUACUGAAGUCAGGUGUGAGUCAGGAACCAGUGUCCCUGACAGAUAUUCUGCUCUUCUGCCACUGGUCAGAAAUUUGAAACUGAGAAUGUGUCUGACCGAUCCAGCCAAUCGCAAAACAGCACUGUGGGUGCUGCGGCAGGCAGUUGCCAGCGGUGACGGGCGGCUGGAAGGACUUUCCAUCUGUUGUGUGGGGAACACACCUCUCUUUUAUGCUGGUCAGGACCUGCAGCAAGGCUUAGUGGACAUACUGACGGACGGGUCAUCUCUAACUGUGCUUGACCUAAAGGGUGUACCCUUCACCCUCAGCGACUCCUUCGUCAGGAGUGUGGCAAUGCUUUGCCCUGCUCUGCAAAGGCUUUACAUCAACAAUCACUCUCUGGUGUGUGGCGUCAACGCUAAAACUCUGAGCCAAGUGCUGAAAAGCUGUCAGUCGCUCAGCGUUCUUGGAGUUUUCCAGGCCAGUCUCUCACAAGACGUCUUUAAAGAUCUCAUGUUGCCUGAAAGACCAGCACUAAAGAAACUAGAGCUCCGUUGCGAACGUUCGCUCAAAUACACCGUGCCUCUCUGUGACCAGAUAUGGUUAGAGUUAAAACUGAGACACCCACGUCUCUGGGUGGAACUUGAGCUGGACCACACCCUCCCCGAAUUGCACGUUCCAGGGGUUCUGCAGCCCAGCAUCCCUGUCCGAUGUCUUCGGCUGCUCACUUGGACUUUGCUGUUGGAUGAGGUUCGGAUAGUCAGGCAGAGUUAUGCAAACACGCUAGAGGUUCUGGAGCUGCAGACGGUCCCGUCUCCUGAACUUAACUCUGAGUUGAUAGCCUUAGCAAAGCAGUGCAUCAAGCUUCAAGAGGUUCACUGUUAUUGUGUUGUCUCGCAAGAAGUAAUAACAGCAUUCUUAACGAACUGUCCUAAUCUCUGCAGAUUCACACUCAAGACACAUAAAGAGCCUCACCCAUGGACCUCCACUAAACUACAGUAAUGCUCUCA